GUUUAGUCAGCUGGUAAUCUGAAGAGACAUAUGAGAACCCACACCGGUGAGAGACCUUAUAGUGUGAUAAGUGUUACAAACAGUUUAGUGACCAGGGCAGUAUGAAGAGUCAUAUGAGGACUCAUACUGAUGAGAAACCAUUCAAAUGUGAGGAGUGCGGAAAGCAGUUUAGUAGGAGGUAUCAUCUGAAGAGUCAUAUGCGGACUCACACCGGAGAAAAGCCCUAUAAGUGCGAAGAAUGCAGCAAACAGUUUAGUGUGUUGGAUGGUCUGAAGAGACACAUGCGGACUCAUACCGGCGAGAAGCCCUAUAGGUGUGAUGAAUGCAGCAAACAGUUCAGUGAGAUGAGUAGUCUGAAGAGGCAUAUGAGGACUCACACUGGUGAGAAACCUUAUAAAUGUGAGGAAUGCGGCAGGCAGUUUAGUCGGCUGUGUAACCUGAAGAGCCAUGUGAUGACUCAUACCGGUGAGAAACCCUACCAGUGUAAAGAAUGCAGUAGGAGCUUCCGUACCUCAAGUCAUCUCCGGAGGCACAUGCGAACCCACAUUGAGAGAAGUUCACAGCUACCGAUGUGAAGGCUACAGGCACCAGGGUGUAACCCUACCGGUGUGAAGGAUGUAAUAACACUUAUGAGCAAAUGUCCGUAAGAAUCGAACAACAGUACUCUGGGUAAAAAAAUAAUGAAAAAAAAAUCAGCUACUGCUGCCUCUACAAUGUACAAUCAAAUAAUAUUUGAGAUAUUUUUUUUAUCAAUGCUGUUACCAAGAACUGCGCUGAAUAAUGUUCACUAUAUUUUACACUGUCGAGUAGCGCUGAGGUGGGCGUUCACUUUACGUUUGAAGUUCUGAAAGGCCCUUGUGUUUACAAUGUCCUGCAAAAGCCUGGGCAGUUCCACAGCUUAAAUAUAGCAGGGAUAAGGUUUCUUUUGUUACAGGAGGAGGAUGACUUGACUGUUUCUAGGGUCACCCUGUGCUGGGUUGUUGUAUGGCAAGUUGCUCGAUGUUGUACAUAGGGCUCAGGUAGUAGGUUCUAUAGUUAUUUUGGUGCGUCAACAUCCGGUGUAGAAGUUUCAGGGGCCCCAUGAUGCGACAAUAGGGAUCGAACCCAGGACCAGGAGCGAC